AUGGAGGAUAUUCACAAGAAGUUUAGAUACUAUAGUGUUCAACUUGAUAAAGAGCUUUCAAAGUAUCCUCAGAUUAGAAAAUUGGAAGAACAUACUAAUGUUUCGAAAACUAAUAUUUUCUUUGGUGUUGUCGCUCUCGUAUUUGUGAUGAUCUUUUUCAACUUUUUUGGAGAAUUACUUUCUGACAUGAUUGGUUGGCUUUAUCCAG